UAUAAAACAGGAGCUACAGGCCCUAGGGAGAUGAUACAGGAAGAUCAAUUAGGACAGUGUUCUUCUUCUCAAGCGAUCAAUAACUUCCAUCAGAGCUAUCAAGAGCAGUUUCUCCUUCAGCAACAGAUGCAGCAACAAAACAGUGAUAUCUUUGGUGGAGGAAGAGGAGGAUUGAACAUGUUCCCCGGUGAAGUUUCUCCAAUCUUGGAACCAUGGUCUAUGCCUCCGGUUCACCCCUUCAACCCGGUGAGAGAGCACGACCCUUUUCUUGUUCCUCCACAACCUUCACCCUAUGCAAGUUUGUUCAACAGAAGGGCUCCUUCUCUUCAGUUUGCAUAUGAUGGUUCAUCUUCUCAUGACCAUCUUAGGAUCAUAUCAGAUAACCUUGGUGUUGGGCAGGUGGUUCCACCCGGUUCAGCACCCUUUGGACUCCAAGCCGAGUUGGGCAAGAUGACAGCUCAAGAAAUCAUGGAGGCUAAGGCUCUUGCGGCUUCCAAGAGUCACAGUGAAGCUGAAAGGAGACGCAGAGAGAGAAUCAAUAACCACCUUGCCAAACUCCGCAGCUUGUUGCCUAGCACAACCAAAACAGAUAAAGCAUCAUUGCUAGCAGAAGUGAUUCAACACGUGAAGGAACUGAAGCGUCAAACAUCGUUGAUAGCAGAAACGAGUCCAGUUCCUACCGAGGCCGAUGAGUUAACAGUGGAUGCAGCUGAUGAAGAUGGCAAGUUUGUGAUCAAAGCCUCGCUUUGUUGUGAUGAUAGGUCAGAUCUGUUGCCUGAACUCAUCAAGACUUUGAAAGCGUUGAGGUUAAGAACCCUCAAAGCUGAGAUCACAACGCUUGGUGGGCGUGUCAAGAACGUGUUGUUCAUCACUGGGGAAGAAGACUAUUCCAGUAGUAGCAGUGAGGAGCAUGGCCACCAACAACAGUAUUGCAUUAGCUCCAUACAAGAAGCACUUAAGGCAGUGAUGGAGAAGAGCCUUGGGGAUGAGUCUGCCUCUGCAAGUAUUAAGAGACAAAGGACCAAUAUAAUAUCAAUAUCCUAGAACCAAGGUCUUUAUAAGUUUUAUUUAACUGAAGGCCUAUAGUUCUUAUUAUCGUACUUAGUUGUUAUAUAUUAUAUAUUUUGAUUAAUCUAUUUUUGGGGGGUGUGGUUUGUUUUGUUUUGUUUCUAUUAUUACUAAAUGGGUG